AUGUUGAAAGAAUCAAAUGAAAUUACACAAGAAUAUUUUUUAGCAUCAUCUUCAACUGAAUGUAUUGAUGAGAUAGAAGACGGUGAAAUAGCAGAUACAUACAUUCCGUUUGAAAAUUCGUAUUUAAAGAAGAUUUAUAGUAAAAGGGACAAUGUUCUUAUUGGAUUAGAUUACCAUCAGCCAAAUGUUGAUGAAUUUACAAAUUCAAACAAAUUAAAGAUGUUUAUUAACAAAUAUAAACAAUCACUUGACAAAACUAUUAUAUCAAACUCACAAGAAUUUUUUCUAAAUAACAAAUUAAAGAUGUUGCUUAAAUAUGUCAAUUAUGAAAGUUAUAAUUUCACUCUUUUAAAUGAAUAUAACGAUAAUUUAAAACCUUUAGUUUUAAAAUCGGAUAAAGGUAUGCACAUUGUAUCUACAAAAUCUACUAAUUAUAACUACAAGGAAGAUUAUAAAAAAUUUUAUGAAAAAAUUGUUAAAAGAAAUGAAAAGGUAUUUGAUAAGAAGCCAAUAAUAAUUAUGAAAACUGAAUUUAUCGACAAAGUUACAGAUAGUUCUGCAUUUAUAUGUUUUAAAGUAGAAGAUAAGAUGAUUGUAUUUAUAGAUGUUUAUUAUAACGAGAUAGAAUUUUUUAAGGGUCUUGAGUUGAGUAGUGAGAAUAAAGUUAAAAAUGGGUCGUUUUGUUAUAAUAAAUAUGAUGUUAAGGAUAACAAAGGACAAGGAUUUAUACUAUUUCUAUAUUCAGACACCACAUUUAAGAAUGAUAAUGAAAACAUUACAUUUGAUCGAAUAUCUUUUUAUGGUGACGGUGUUGAGUCUUUUGGCAAUACAAAGACAAUUUAUGCCAAUAAUUCAAUAUUUAUUAAAUCAUUUGAAAAGUAUAAUUAUAAAAAUAUUUUGGAUUAUUUAUGUGGCUUAAACACAAUGGAAAAUGGUGAUUAUGUGCUUAAUAGUGGUAAUUUAUAUGAAAUUAAAGGUGAUGGUGAUAGUGUUUUAUUUAAAGGUUUUGACUAUUCAUUAUUGGUAGAGGAUUAA